CCCUUUGGUAAACUAAUGUCCAAAGACUUUUGAAGCUUCCAGUCAACCAACCCCCUCUUGCUCUUGCUAUUGCUCUUGCUCUUGGUUUGAAUCUGAUUAGGUGCUCAAUCUUUCACAAACAUAUCCAUCUCUUUUCUUCCUAAUCGAUGGAGGUUGCAGGGAUCUUUCUGGAGCCGAUCAUUCAGGCGCUGCUUGACAAGUUGGUCUCUCCGGCGGUGUCAAACUAUGCCCGUCGUGAGGGAAUCGAUGCUCAGUUGAAGAAGUUGGAGAAAAUGUUGCCAGCUAUUCGUGCUGUUCUGGCUAACGCAGAGGACAAGCAAUUGGAAAAUGAUGCUGUUGUCAAAUUGUGGAUGGACGAGCUCACGGACUUGGCUUACGAUUUGGAUGAUUUGCUGGACGACUUGGCUACUCAAACUUUGGGACGAGAGCUGAUCAAGCCACAAUCUCAUGCUAGCACCAGUACUACUAGUAAGGUACGACAACUCAACCCUCUCAAGCGUUAUCAUAAUAUGAAGUCCAAAAAAGAUAUGAAGUCCAAGAUAGAGGACAUCACUAAAAGAUUAGAAGAUAUUGAAAAACAAAAGAGUAUCCUGAAUUUGAAAGAGAAUGCUGAAGUGAUUGGGUUCAAGACAACAAGAGGAGGACGGGAAACGACUUCUUUCGUCUACAACUCUGAAGUUUGUGGCAGAGAACAAGAUCAAGAGGCUAUCGUUGCGGAGUUGUUGAAGGAUGAAAUUAGUGCUGACAAUUUCUCUGUCAUUCCCAUUGUGGGCAUGGGAGGCAUUGGUAAGACUACUCUCGCUCAGCUGGUCUACAAUGAUGAACGUGUAGAGGGUCGUUUUGAUCUCAAGGCAUGGGUUUGUGUUUCUGAUGAUUUUCAUGCAUAUGUUCAUAGAGUGACAAAGGCAAUUCUUCAGGAAGUCACUUCAGGAAGUCACGAUUCCGUGUCUCUGAAUAUGCUUCAACAGAAACUGAAGGAGAACUUGUCAGGGAAGAAGUUUCUUCUUGUUUUGGAUGAUGUUUGGAGCGACAAGUAUGAAGACUGGCAGCUCCUAAAACUUCCUUUUAAGGUUGGGGCACCUGGGAGCAAAAUUAUUGUCACAACUCGCCAUGAAAGCGUUGCAUCAACCAUGACUCUGUCUCAGGCUUACCAACUAAAAGGUUUGUCCAAUGAUGAAUGUCUAUCUUUAUUUGCCCAUCAUGCACUCGAGAAAGAAAACUUUGAUGCAGAUCCAAGUCUAAAAGGAAUUGGUAUGGAAAUAGUGAGUAAAUGUAAAGGCUUGCCCUUGGCUGUAAAGACACUAGCAGGCCUCUUCCGGAAUAAACGCCAAAGUAGUGAGUGGGUAGACAUAUUGAAUAGCAAGAUAUGGAAUUUACCCGAACAAAGUGGUGGUAUUCUUCCAGCCCUUCAAUUGAGCUAUCAUCAUCUCCCAUCUCAUUUGAAGCAAUGCUUUGCCUACUGUGCAACAUUUCCAAAAGACUAUGAAUUUGACAAAGCUGAGCUAGUUCUAUUGUGGAUGGGGAUAGGCCUUUUGCAGCAAUCAAAAGAAAAGGAUCGAAUAGAGAAUUUUGGCAAUAAGUGUUUUGAUGAUCUUUUAUCAAGGUCAUUUUUUCAACAAUCUGGUAGUAGUAAAUCAUUGUUUGUGAUGCAUGACCUUCUACAUGAUCUAGCUAUACAUGUUGCUGGAAAAAUAUCUGUUCAGUUGGAUAAGUUGGAGGGUAAUGAGCAAUUUGAAAUUCCUAAACGAGCUCGACACUUGUCAUUUGUUCGUCAAUACUUUGAAGUCUUUCAAAAGUUCAGGCCUCUUUGCAAAGUUCAGCAUCUCCGAACUCUAUUGGCAUUACCAGUUCAGGCACAUGAAUCGGCAUACUUAGCAAAAAAGGUUUUGUUUGAUUUAUUGCCAAAUUUGCAAUGCUUAAGGGUGCUAUCGUUGUCUGGUUAUUCCAUAACUGAGUUACCAGACUCAAUUGGCCAUAUGAAGCAUCUCAGGUAUCUUAAUUUAUCUAAGACUUUAAUUCAAUCGUUACCUGAAUCAAUCAGUACUCUCUACAAUUUACAAACAUUAUUAUUGCGUGGUUGCAAAAAUCUUUGUAUGUUUCCUCCAAACACUGAGAAUUUAAUUAAUCUGCGCCACAUUGACAUUGUUGAUACUGUGGAAUUACGAGAGAUGUCCUCAGGUAUUGGUAGGCUGGAGAAUUUGCAAACACUACCAAAGUUUGUUGUGGGCAGCAAAAAUAAUGGGGCAAGACUGAAUGAGUUGGGGAAUCUGAGCCUUUUAAGGGGGAGUAUUUCUAUUGAAGAGUUGCAAAACAUAAAAGAUGUUCGAGAUGCAAAUGAGGCAAAUUUAAGGAACAAGGAGUGCCUUAAUGAAGUAGAGUUGGCAUGGUGUAGUGAGUUCAAUGAUUCUCGAGAUGAAGACCUCGAAUUGGAUGUGCUUGACACGCUGCAACCACACAUAAACUUGAAAAGGCUCAAAGUUGAGUUCUUCGGGGGCAGGGAAUUCCCAAGUUGGAUAGGCAAUCCAUCCUUUUCUGAAAUGGUGAACUUGAGUCUUAUAGGCUGUAGGAAAUGUAGAUCUUUACCACCACUCCAGCAACUACCGAAGCUCCGAGAGUUAUACAUUGAAGGCAUGCAUGAAGUGCAAAAUUUGGGGGAUGGACUUCCUUUUCCCUCACUGGAGAGGCUAAAAUUUGAGGACAUGCCAGCAUGGAAAGAAUGGUCUUUUUCUAUUUCCAUUGGUGUUGAAGAAUCUCGAAGUCAAUUCCCUUGCCUCCGUGAGCUCAGUUUGCGUGGUUGUCCCAAUUUGAUUACGGUUUCCCCUUUAAGGCUUCCCUCUCUUCAAAAAUUAUACUUGGAAGAGUGUGAGGAGGUGGUGCUAAAAAGUAUAGUUGGUGUGACCUCACUAACUAGCUUGGAAGUUGUGGAUAUUAGAGGACUGUCUCAGCUGGAGGAAGCAUUGGUGCAGUCUUUGGUAGCACUUGAAAGUCUAGUGUUCAAAAAUUGCAACCAGCUGAUGGCUUUGUGGCAAAAUGGCAGCGGGGUUGCACAGAAAAAUAAUCUUGUCCGUUUACAGAGACUGAGAGUUGAGUCGUGCCCCCAACUUGUUUCCUUUGGAGAAGAAUUAGAUGAUGAAGGGCUGCCUUGCAUUAAUCUUCAGGAAUUGUAUGUAAGAGAUUGUGUGAAUCUCGAGAAGUUGCCAAAUGAGCUGGAUAAGCUCACGUCUCUCACAUCUUUAGAGAUUAAUGGGUGUUCGAAACUUGUGUGCUUUCCGAAGGCAGGUGUCCCGCACAUGCUUAGAAGACUUGAGAUAAGAGAUUGCAAUGCAUUGAAGUCCCUGCCUGAAGGCAUAUCUGGUCUCAAGGAUCUUCUUGUUGAUGAUUGCGUGAAUUUGGAGGACUUUAACAUAAAUAAUAAUAUUAUGUCGUCACUUGAAACAUUAAGGAUCGAGAAAUGGCCAAAAGUUGGAAUGUUAGUUGGGGGUUGCGUAAAUAAUAACAAUUUUGCUAGUGUCAGAGAACUUCAUGUCGAGAAUUGCGAUGGUGUGGAGUCCUUGUCGUUCCCAGAAAGAGGCUUACCCAACCUCACAUCACUUCAUGUCUGGAAUUGCGUGAAUCUGAGAUCCUUGCCUUCCACCAACCAGAUUCUUCAAAACCUUGAAUCCCUACGGAUAUGGGGAUGUCCAAGUCUCGAGGCCUUUCCGGAAAGAGGCUGCUGCUUGUCCACCCCCAACUUGAGAUCGCUUUGGAUUAUCGGCUGCAAUAAUCUGAGGUGGUUGCCAAUUGAUCAGAUUCAAAGCCUCGCAUCACUUGAAUCCAUAAAAAUAUGUGAUUGUCCAUGUCUUGGGGAGUUUUUUAAUCAAGGCAAUGGGAACGGGAAUUUGCCCCCCAACCUUAUUCAUCUUACUAUUAGGCGUUGCGGCAAACUGAAGCCCUUGUCAGAGUGGAGUAUGCACAGACUCACCUCUCUUCAAGAAUUCGACAUUGAAGGUGGAUAUCCAGAGCUGGUCUCCUUUCCUCCUGAUCAUGACAAUGAUGAGUACUGUCUAUUUCCUACAACUCUAACCGAUUUAAGCAUUGUGGAUAUGCCGAAUCUGAAAUCCGUAUCAUUAAAGGGCCUCCAAAAUCUCACCUCUCUUCAAUCUCUAUGGAUCCAAGACUGCCCGAAUCUGAAAUCCAUAUCAUCAUCAUCAUCCAAGGGCAAGGGCAAGGGCGGUGGCCUCCAAAAUUUCACCUCUCUUCAACGUCUAAAUAUCAGGUAUUGCCCUAAGCUUCGAUCCUUACCAAAGGAAGGCCUGCCUGCCACGCUUCAAAAUUUAGUUAUCUGGAAAUGUCCACUUCUUGAAAAACAGUGCUCAGGUGACUACUGGCCCAAGAUUGCCCAUAUCCCCUGCGUUGUAAUAAAUGACAGCUAGACUGAACCCGUUACUAUUCUAUAUUCUUGUGUCAGAAUAAUGGUCCACAAUUUUACAUUUAUGGAGUGCUUGUGAUUAAUUAAGUCACACUUUUCGGACUCAGGAAAAGGAAAAGAACUUCCAGUUUGAAUCUCACUCAAUCAAUGAAGGCUAAUACAACAAAUUUAUUUGAGGUUGGGAUGCUAAAUUGGUGAAUGAGUCGGACCCAUGGAUUGAGAAGCAAAUUGUUUACCGGCCGAAGCUUGGGCCAUUGCAGAGAGCGGUGAGGGACAGUCUUUUGGAAGUUGGGGUCUUACCCUUCAAUGGAUUCACCUAUGAUCACAUAAGUGGACCCAAGGUUGGUGGAACCAUUUUUGACAAGUUUGGCCGCCGUCACACAGAUGCAGAGCUACUUGCUUCCGCAAAUUCUGAGAACCGUCAUGUUUUGAUUCAUGCUACAGCACAAAAGAUCAUAUUCAAUGUAACAGGGAAGAAACCCGUGGCCGUUGGAGUGAUCUUCAUGGAUGAAAAUGGGAAACAACAUUGAUUAUUUCUUGCAAAGAGGCCGAGCAGUGAGAUAAUAGUGUCGUGUGGAGCAAUUGGAAGCCCUCAGCUGCUGCUACUCAGUGGCAUUGGACCUAAGGCUGACCUCAAGAAGAUGAACAUUUCAGUGGUGCUUGAUAAUGAGUCUGAUAACCCCUUGAACACUGUUUUAUUCCCGCCAAUCGAUCUGUGGAGCAGACAUGGAUACAAACUGUAGGGAUUACCAAGAUGGUGUUGCGUUGAAGGUAUUCGUAUCGUGGAGAAGCUUGUGAGCUCCAAACACUUCACAAACUUCGCACUGUUUGAUAGACAAUCAGUGGCCAUGCCGCUCAACACAUUAAUGAAACAGGGUCAUUGGAGCAGUUUUGCAAAGAUACUGUGAUCACAAUUUGGCACUACCAUGGUGGGUGCCUAGUGGGCAAGGUACAUGGGAGUGAAGAUUUUAAGAGAAAGAUUAGGAAGAGCAUCUGGUUUAUAAAGACAGAUCAAGACCAACUAAGGGCAGAUGCAUUUGUAUGUUGUGACAGGGAAAAUGUAAUUUUGUUAGUCUAAUUCUUAGUGCAAUUGUAUGUAGAGAUAGGCUUGUCAACAAUCAAUAUAGGUGUUCAGUUCUUUUGUAUCUAUGGUUUGUAUAAGAACCAAAUUUUAUUUAUGAAGUCACCUGUUGGUCUUUUUGCUGAUUCA